AGGAGAUAUCGUCGCACAUUUAGGGGACAGUCCUUAUAUCUCCGGCUUGGAAUUACAAGUGACCGGGUUAACGUGAACGUUUUCCCGGCUGGGCUACUCGUAAUUACGAUUUAAACGGUAUGACCUGAACGCGGCACGAAGGGUCAACCAAUAUGGCUAACCGUUAGCUUCUAAUAGCUUGUCCAGUUUUGCUCACGGGAAGGUGUUGAAGUCUGAUGGCUUCGUUUGGCUGGAAGAGGAAAGUUGGUGAGAAGGUGUCAAAGUCAGUGGUGCAGCACUUUGAGGCUGAGGCGGAGAAGGCUGAAAAUGACGAACCAGGUCGGGAUGAGGAGGGGGUGGACUGGCUGCACGCCGUCAAACGACGGCGGGAGGUCCUGCUGGAGGACUGUUUAGCAAAGAGCAAGAGGCUGGAGGAUGAGGGUGCAGUGCUGGCUGAAGAGGGCAGGCACUGGGAGGCCAUUAAGAAGUGGGACGAGGCCAUUAACCUGACUCCAGACAACCCACUGCUGUAUGAGAUGAAGUCUCAGGUACUGACCAUUCUGCAGGAAGUAUUUCCAGCAGUGAAGGCUGCAGAGAUGGCCGUCAAGUUCCGCCCCCUGUGGUGGGAGGGCUGGCAGACUCUGGGACGUGCCCAGCUCAACCUUGGAGAGGUGCAACUGGCUCUGAGGUCUUUCCAGGUUGCGAUCCACCUGUGCCCAUCAGAGCGCACCCUGUGGCAAGAAGACCUGGAGUGGGCAUUGAGGUUACAGAAGCAGAAUUUAGCAACCAAGGAGAAGAUUCGGCAAGAGGAGGAGACCAGAAAACAGAUCCUUAAUGCCCCUGAGCUCGAGCAGGACUAUGAUUUCGAGUCUGAUGAGGUGCUGGCCGCCUGUGUGGCCGUUGCUGAGCGACAGACACGCUAUGAGGAGCUGAAGAGGACCGCGGUGGUCAUAGACUCUGAGGGGAAUGUAAAAAAUGUACUCACUGGAGAAGGAGGAUCAGAGGACACAGCCGCACCAGCAGACAAACAGUUCGUCAAAGCAAGGGGACUUUGAACUGCUCUCAGCAUGAAUCAAUCAUCCUGGUUCCUUUUGAUUUUUAGGACUGAAUUGAAUUAUUUCCGGAACCACUGAGUGUCUGAAGCUAUUGCAUGAAAACCGGAUGUUCAGAAGCCAACUUGGGAACUGACAAAUUUUAGUGUAAGCAAAAAGACAGUUGUGCUUUGUUGUUUCACUUUUUCGAUCCCUUUAAUGUUCAUUGUGUUAAAUGUGCAUGUAAAGUUUUUACAUGCAUGCAUAAAAAUUAAAAAUAUUUUAAUGUACUCCGCCUCAUUAAGUCACAUUCAGUUGCAGAAAGCUAAAAAAAUGGCUUGAAAGUCAUGUUUCAGUCCGUCAGUCAGUAAACAUCUAUCCAUCACCAAACGAGAUGCUAAUGUGAAGCUACAAACUUAAACUUUAAUGUAAAUUUAAAUUUAAGUUUUCUUUUCUAGUACAUUAGAUGAAAUCAUCUUUCAGAAAUUGAAAAUCCUACAGUUUUAAGUUAUAAACAAAAAUCCAAAUCAAGUAGUUCACUGUGUUAGCUUGACAUUUUAGGAAAAGCAAGACAGCUCCGGUGCUUGGAUGUUAAUGACUUGCGAGGUGUCAGUGUCUAUAACUGUAGUUUGGGAAACAAACUUAAAAAGAGCACACAUGCUCAACAAACCGUCAGUGAGUGAAUAAACAUUAAUCAAAUGUGAUCAUUUGCUUUGUUUGCUGCACUAACAUUAAAACACUUUGGGUUUUGUAGUCAGGAGCAACUGCACACUGAAAUGGAGGACUUGCAUUGUCAGACAGACCUACAGAACAAACCACAAGACUGCAGUCGCGUAAGUCAUGAUCGUUACAAAAGACAAAACACAGAAAACCGCAAGUCUGAAAGCUUGAGCUUCAGCAUCGGAUCUUUAUGCAGAGACCAAUCACUGAUGUGAUGGUAAUCUGCAGCAUCAGAGAGACAACUGAUUUACAGAGCUAAGUGUUGUGGAGGACAACAGUCAAAAAACCAAGUCAUUUUCAAUCUCAGUUCUCAAGAAAUUGGUGCUCCUCGGCUUUGUAGGGCAGUGUAAAUAUAGAAAUAAUUAGGCUUCUAUAAAAGGGCCAGUGGAAGUCCCAUGGUAAUGUAGGUUCUGCGUGAAUAACUCCCAAAAAAAAAAACGGAUCUGAACUUACACUAUUUAUUUCUGUGGUUAGUUCUCACCACUGCAGGUCAUGUAAAAAUACAAGUUCGGUGGAUACGUUUUUUUUUUUUCAACUGUUGUAAAUACCAAGACCACACACUUUUAAAAUGUCACAAUAUUCAGAAGUUUUCUUGUCAGAGGAGCAGAUGACGGCAAAACGUUUAGCUGAGCUGACCGGGUUUCUGCACAAUAAUUAUGAAACGAAGUGCUACCCUUAAUUUUUUAAAUAAGUCCAUAUGGUAGAGACAAAGAGAACAACUCCUUACAAUUUGUUCUAAUUAAAACCAAAUGUAAAAAAAAAAAGAAAAAAAGACAUGAUUACAUAACUAGUCACACCCUUACCUGCCACACAGCCAGAUCAUUGCUGGUGCAGCUGGUGUUUGUAGAAGUUGCAUAAUAAGUCACCUGUGUAUAAUCAGGGUGUGCCAAGUGAAUUUAGGUUAAAUACACAUUCAGCUGGAUGGUCCAACGGCUGGUCAGUCAGUCAAAUCUAUGACAAGUUUAUUGAAAACCCAUUUAAUUGAUUGCCGUUACUUGUUUGACUGUUACCCAACCAAACCUACUCCGCCUACUUUACAGCUGCUUGUAUGUAUGACAAGAGAACAUACACCGUUUCUAGUUCCUAAUGUUAGCUUGACAUUCCACGCUGUCUGACAGUAUCAGUUCUGUCCUCUGCCCUGGCUUGUUCCAACUCUUCAGUGGAGACUGAAAUAUCUUUUGGAUGGACGGCCUUGAAAUUUGGCAGCGACACCGAUGAAAUCUACAGUCUUUGAUAAUCUCCUCAACAUUUUUUCCAGUGCCACCAAACGUUUGACAUUGCUUUUAGUGGUUCAAAUGUUUUGAUGGACAUUUUUCACCAACAGUUGUGUAUAUGUAUCCUCCUCCUCUGAGUAAACUGUAAUCACUUUGGUAGCUAGUCAAGUGACAUGACCAGGUCAAAACUGUCAGUUUUCCCAAUUCUUUGGCUUAUGACUGAAUACCUGUGAAACUAAUGACAUUCCCACCAGCUGUACUUUGUGUUUUGUGCUACUUAGCAAAUUCUUGCAUGCUAACAUUUUAAAGUGAGAUGGGCAACUUGGUAUUACUGGCAUUACUCCUGCUUGACAUCAGCAUGUUAGCGUUAUAAGCACAGAAAUAGUUUUGUGAGCUAGAAAAUAAGAUGUGAUAGUAAUUAAAUCUUAUCUGUUAAGUUUCUGUUAUGCUGGAAAGUUUUGUCUGUUAUCAGAACUGUCUGUUGGAUCUUCUUGUCAAGGAUGAUACUAACCAUGACCUUUGAUUUGACCUAUUUUUUUUUUUUUUUUUACCCAAAUUCACAAAUACCGUUACCAAUUUUAUAUCAUUCAUUUCCUGGAUUCCUAGUUGCUUUCAGCUCCAGUGCCGUGCUAAGCUACGAUAAUUUCAACACUCACCUUUUUCUGAGUGGCACCUUCUGAUACCCGAUUGUUUUCACAGGCUUCUGGCAGGAGUUUAAAUGUCUAAAACAGCCUGUAGUGUAUCAAUGGCAUGAGUUGAUGAGGUGCGGAAAGAGGGGGCAAGCUGCCAAGAAGAAUCACUUUUCUUUUUGCCCUCUGUUAAAAUUCUAUCACAACUGUUUUGUCAAUCACCAUUUCCUGCCUCCCGAGAGACUACAGCUUAAACAGAUUUCUCCGUCUAAGGUCACAUCUCUCUUUAAUGGCCUAUUGUUCUCAGAGGGAGGUUUUUACUGCUCUGGGAAGGCUCUGGACACUGGCCACACCGGACCUGGAAAUGUUGAAGGGUGAAGAAACCAUCUGUUUGCAGGUGAGCGGUGAUCUGAACUGGCUAAAUGUUUUAGCCAUCGGCACUGUUGUAGGAAGAGAUGAGAGGGAGGAAAGCUGACCUGUAUUUUCUUGACAGGUGUGGCACUGACAGUGACAGGCUGGCAGAAGAAAAUAUUAUCAUAGAGCAUUUAUUUAAGGACGUGCUUGAAUUUUAGUAAGGAUCUGUUUGAGCUAUCUCCAUCUGUUUCUACGUAGAAAUGCACUGUUUUCGUGACAGGCUUCGUAGCCUUUCUUUGCACAUAACUCUCCACCAGGUUUUGUUGUUUUGAUUUAUAAAUAUUUGGACUGCCAUGCAUCAUCCUCAAGUGAUCAGUGUUGAAUUUAUUUUCCAUCCUCAGAGUCAUUCUGUUCAGCAUAGAUUCAGCAGAGACAUUGUUCAGGUUGAGUUGAUUUUCCUAACCUAAGUGUAGUUUCUGUGCAGAUGUAUGUCGGGCUGCAACUACUGAUCAUCUGCAUUAUUAUUAGUGUCAGAAAUGAAUGAAAAACAUGCAUCACCAUUGUCUUCAAAUUCUUUGCUCCUUCUUUGUACUAUAUGCAAAACACAGUUCUCUUUUAUACUAAACCUUGUCAUUAACUGUUUUUAUUUGGAAAAAUAGUGGCGAUUCUUAAUUUACGUGAAUAUUUACCAACUUUUAUUUUCAGUUUAUUUAUGAGUUUGGUACAUUAGUUUGUUCACAACAGAGUCAACAUUUUUUGGUAAAUUUGAUGUUUCUACAAAAAAAAAAAAAAAAACAGAAAAA